AUGUCUGAAGGUAGGAGGAGUCUUCUAAAUACAUAUACGCCAUCUCCUUACAUGAUAGGCAAUGGUGGUAUUAGCGCUAGCUCUAGUUCUAGUGUUUUGUCUACUGUUUCGGAGGGAGGAAAGUUUGUCUCGCAUAAAAAAAAUGCUUCGACAUUUUCACUUCCAGUGUACCUGGAUACUCCACAGUACAACAGGCCAUCUGUUAGAGCUCACAGGAGAUCAAGAUCAAGGCAGUAUGUUGUUAUUAACAGCAUGCCAUAUCCUCUGGAAAUAAAGUUUCCUGAUAAAAUAUCUACUAAAGCCAAAAUGAGGGAAAGAAGGCAGAGCGAACAACAAAAACAGGCAAGACCGGUAUUGAAAGGGCGUCAGCUGGAGCCUGACAAAAGCACAAUUAGCAAUAUUUGUCACACUAAUAUACACAACUGCAACUCAUCUCUUGGACAAAAGAAUAGAGUUCUCUCCAUCGUUCAGGAAAAAUCGGAAAACGAUGAAGUGAUAGAAGGCCACAAAAAUAUAGAAAAUCGGAAGAUGGAAGAAAGAUCGAAAAGCGCGUCUGCAUGCUUUCCGGAUCUAUCACAUAACCAGCGUGGAAGUGCAUACACUUUGAUGAAUGAAACGAACCAUCAUCAAUCACAUCCAUCGGACGGAUAUAACUUACCUAAAUUCGGCAACAAUGACGGAAUGGAGCGGGAAAAUCCAGAAUUGAUUCAGCAGUGGCUGCCGCAUAAAGAAUUUCCUCAAGGUACUAAAAUACAACACCUAGACAAUCAAUAUUUUGGCCAGGGACAAUAUCCGCAGUCUUCAUAUUACGAAGAUAAAAUGCAAUAUGUGGACACACAACAGUAUUGCUAUAAUGCUGAUUUAAACUCUACAGAUGCUUACUCUGAGAGCAAUUGGUCUUAUGAAGCAUUCAUUGAUGGACGGACAUCUGCUGAAACAUCACCGACUAUAUCGGAAAAUGGUUUUGAAUACAUUCAAUCGAAGACACCACAAAAUCCACAGUAUUAUGCUCGGCAGUCGUGGCUGUCCAUUCCAGAUUUAGUUCCUAAAAUUGAAGGGACCAAGACCAAACAGAAAAAUGACUAUUUAAAUGGUAUAUACGACUAUUAUUUUGAAAGUUCUGCUUAA